AUGGACGCGAUCAGCAGCCUGAUGCUGCAGGAGGGGUGGAGGAAGGGCCCGUGGACGGCGCUGGAGGACAGGUUGCUCACCGAGUACGUGCAGCAGCACGGCGAGGGCAGCUGGAACUCCGUCGCCAAGCUCACAGGGCUGCGGCGGUGCGGGAAGAGCUGCCGGCUGCGGUGGGUGAACUACCUCCGGCCGGACCUCAAGCGGGGGAAGAUCACCCCCGACGAGGAGACCGUCAUCCUCCAGCUGCACGCCAUGCUCGGCAACAGAUGGUCGGCGAUUGCGCGGUGCCUGCCGGGGAGGACGGACAACGAGAUCAAGAACUACUGGCGGACACACUUCAAGAAGGCCCGGCCGUCGCGGCGCGCCCGGGCGCAGCUGCUGCACCAGUACCAGCUGCAGCAGCAGGAGCAGCGCCGCCAGUACCUCCAGAGCCUGCAGUUUUUGCAGCAGCAGCAGCAACAGCAGCAGCAGCAGCAGCAGCAGCUGCUGCUCCAGCAGCAGAGCCAGCAGCAGCUGGUGGUGAAACAACAGCAGCUGGAGCAGCAGAGCCCGCCGGACCCUGAUGAUCACCAGGCCAUGAUGGCGAUGAUGGACAGCCUGCAGAGCACGGCGGAGUGCUACUGCAGCCCAGUGUCGCCGGUGCUGGUGCCGGAGCAAUGCUGCGCGCUCCCGGCCGACGACGAUGCGAUGCUGUGGGAUAGCCUGUGGAGGCUGGUGGACGGGGAUGGAUGCGGCGACGGCUCCAGCGGAGGCGACUACUAG